AUGUUACUUUUGCUGGGUUGGGAGAUUGGUGUUUUAGAAGCAGUUAUUCUCGUUGUCGUUGUUGGCCUCUCAUUUGAUUAUACCCUCCAUUUUGGAGCUACAAUGCCGUCUAAAGUUUGUCCAAUGCAUUCUUUACAAAUGGCAAUUCGUGGAGCAAUUAGGCCUAUUUUAAUGUCAACAGUCUCGAGUAUUCUUGCUGGGGCUGUGAUGCUUUUUGCUGAGACACAUGCGUUUUUUCAAGUCGGUAUUUUCCUUGUUGUUUGCAGUUCAUUAAGCCUUCUUUUUGCAAUUUUCUUCUUUCUUCCUCUCUUUUACGUCGUAACAACAUGGAUGUCAAAAUUAUAUAAAUAUUUUUUAUCAUUGACAAACAAUGAAAACUCAACAAUAAAAAUUCAGAAAAUUCAAAAUUGUGAAUGGUGCUUUAUUUCACAACAAGCGAAAAAUGAUCUUAAAAUGAAAAAAUUUAAUAAAAAUGAGAAUAGAAAUAAUAUUAGUAUCAGUAAAAAUAAUAGGAGAUUAAAAGGAGGAUUAAUUGUUGAAACAAAUCAAAGAGGGAUGAAAAUAGCAGGUAAGAGUAAAAUUUCAGAAACGUUUGUUUAA